CAAUCUCUUUCUUUCGGCCAUUGCUUUGCUGGUUUGUUUUAGGGUUUAGAAAAACUUUGAAUUUAUUACACCAUUCUCUCUCACUCUUUCUCUCUGUGGAAGAAAAUUAUUUCACAAAAAUCAUAUAAAUGCAACAAUUUGAAAUCUCUAACUAGAAAAAGAUGGCAUCUUGGGGAAGAGUUCGGCAAUCUAAGCUGAAGCACUUGGCUUUUCAAUGGAAGAGAUACUAUUCUCAAAACCCUUUUGCCUCACAAGCGAGAAAAACAUGUCUUUCACAAAACCCAUAUCGGGUUUUUGAAAACAGUGACACAGCCUCUGGUUUUUGCAGGAGCAUGAGGCUUUUUGGUGCUCCAGCUCAGGGUUCAAGUUCGAGUUUACCAUUGAUUUCGGCAAAUGGGUAUGUGGGAAAUCGUCAUUUUAGUGUCUUCAAUGAGUUUUCAGAAAAAAUGAAAGUCGAAGCUAACAGAAACCCAGAGCUUCAGAAGUCACUCAAGGAGCUGAAAGAGAAAGCAGAGGAGCUGAAAGUGGCGAAAGAAGAAUUGAAAAAUAGAACAAAGCAAACAACUGAGCAGCUGUACAAGCAUGUGGAUAGUGCGUGGACAGAGGCUGAAGCUACAGCUAAAAAGGUUUCUACCAACAUGAAAGAGAAGAUCUCAUCUGCAAAAGAGGAGGUCAAAGAAAGUUUUGGGAUUGGGAAGGAAGAGUCUUCAGAAUUUAAUGGUACUUCAGCUAAACAUGGUACUGACAGUAAAGAUGGAAGUAAAGCAUCAUCUAGUGAAGAGAAUUUCCAGCAGUCUGCAUCUAGCGAAACUGCAGAAACUUUGUUUAGCAAACUUAAGUCCAGUCUUCCUUCUCAGAAAGUUUCGUUGGCCUUCCAGAAAUUAAAGGAAGCAAAGGUUGCUGACUUAGCAAAGAAGGGAUAUGGUAUUGUAAAAGAUGAAUUAAGUGGUACCACAAGUAAGAAAAAGCACCUGCAAUAUACUCCUUCCACAUCAACAGGUGAAAGAAGUACAAAAACUGACAUUGUUAUUGUACAGUCAAAGCAGUCCCCAUGGAGUAAAAAGUGGGAGGCAUUCAAAGAGAAGAUCCGAAGUCAUCCCACAUUCAAACGUGUCAGUGGUUAUAGUGAGCCUGUUGUCACAAAGAGUCAGGAGAUUGCAGAAGACGUGCGGGAAAUAUGGGAGACAAGUGAUAACCCCAUUGUUCACAAAAUUCAGGAUCUCAAUGAAAGUAUCUUUCAAGAAACAGAUGCUGCAGUAUCAAUCAAGGAAAUACGUCAGCGAGAUCCAUCUUUCUCUUUACCGGAGUUUGUGACAGAAGUUCAGGAAGCAGUCAAGCCUGUCCUCCGUGCUUACAUGAAGGGAGAUGCCGAAACUCUUAAGAAGUAUUGUUUCCCUGAAGUGAUUGAACGGUGUAAAGCUGAGCAUGGGGCUUAUCAAAGCAAUGGCAUCUUUUUUGAUAACAAGAUUCUUCAUAUAUCAGAUGUUGAAGUUAGAGAGACCAAAAUGAUGGGAAAUUCUCCUAUUAUUAUCUUAGCAUUCCAAACACAGCAGGUCUAUUGUGUACGUGAUAGACAUGGUUCAAUAACAGAAGGAAGCCAGGAUACAAUCCAUACUGUAUACUAUGCUUGGGCAAUGCAACUAGUGGAUGCAGAAGAACUUGGAGAUGGUGCUCUCUACCCAAUAUGGAGGCUAAGAGAAAUGCAACAAUUUGGAGUCCAAGCCCUCAUCUAGUUUCUCAAACUCUCAUCAUAUUGAUAAAUGUUGUACUACUGAAAUUUCUUCUCCUUUUUUUCCUUCCUUUGGGUCUAAAUUGCCCUGGAUUUUGUUUCAUAGCCAGGGAAAAAAAUUGUAGCUGAUGUCUCCAAUUUAUUAAUGACCAAAUAAAGAAAAUGGGUACAAUUCAGUAUUCAUUUAUUGGUCAGUCUCAUUUAUUUAUGUAACAGAUAAAUAUGUAACUACCAAUUACCAAAUAGUGGGUUGAUCUCUACAAAACUGAGGAAUGUGCCA